UCACUGAAACCCGGCCUUGAGCUGGCACUAGUCGUCCCUUUGCGCAGGCGCCGUCUGCAGUCCACGCGCGGCACUAUGCCGGCCGCGCACGCCUCGCGUGUCCGGGCCUUGUAUCGCCGCAUUUUACUGCUGCACCGCGUUCUGCCCCCAGACCUUAAAGCCCUUGGUGAUCAGUACGUGAAGGACGAGUUUAGGAGACAUAAGACGGUUGGUUCAGAAGAGGCCCGGCGUUUCUUGCAGGAAUGGGAGGCUUAUGCAGCAGUGCUAUGGCAACAAUCUAAGGAAAACAGACAAAACUCAACCGAGAAACCAUGCUUUGGGAUCGCCCUGCCAGAAGAAAAACUUAACGACUUUCGGGAUGAACAAAUAGGACAGCUGCAGGAGCUGAUGCGGGAGGCCACUAAACCCAACAGGCAGUUCAGUAUCUCUGAGUCUAGAAAACCAGAAUUUUAGUCUGUACAAUAAAGCUUCACAAAGCAGUUGAAGUUGAGAACCCCUUAUUUUAACGAUCAUUGGUUUUUAAAAUUUACUUCUUCAGCUCUUGGGCUUUGAGAGUGCCCGGUGUUAAUGAAUUACGUUUUGUUAUUUGAGGGUGUUAUGAAUGUUCUCUGUAACGUGUAGAUGAAGUUCACCAGUGGACAGAACUUUACAUUAUUGAGGUAAGUAACAGUACUUUCUGGAUGGGAUUUGAUUUUUGGACUAAAUAAGAAAGAAUAUCUCCAAACAAGAAAAACCUGUGGAAUUUUGCCAAAAUAUUUUUAUAUAUAAAUUUGUUUUUAAUGCUAUCCUUGUUCAAGCAUUAGUCUUGUGUUUUUAGCAUCAUCAGAUAACUAUAUCAUGAUAAUGUGAAAUUUUCAAAAGAUUUUAAAUUACACUAUCAUCCUGAAAGUUUAAUCAUUUCUACUUUCAUAAUACAUGUGCUUUUAAAUGUCCCUUCUCCCUGAGUCAUUGUUUAUUUAUAAUGAAAGGUUAAAAAGAAGCUUUCAGGUUUAGUAUUACUCUGUCAUUUGUGUAAUAGGUUAUACAACAUAUAAUGCAUUUCUACAGUAUUUGUUAAUAACUGAUGACCCCUUAAAAUAAUCUAUAGUUAUCUUGAGAAUUUCAUUUAUUGACUAAUGUUUGGGGAGAUAAAAUGAAAAAAAAUCGAAUGGUAAUUCCAUUCACAUCCUAAAAUAUUUAUGAAUUUAAAAAAAUUACAAACUAAAACAGCUUAUAUUUUUAUUUCAUGUUACCUUGAGAUCUUUGAAGUGAUCAUUUUUCAGGGGCAACUGCAUUUAUAUCAGGCUUUUCACCCCCAAUUUUAUUGAGAAAUAAUCGACACAUCACUGCAUGUGUUUAAGGUAUACAGCAUAUGUCAGCUCUUUAAAAAUUGAUUUGUAUUUGUUCCCGUGAGGUUUGAUAGCAUUAAAUAUUCUUUAUUGCUUUUAAACCGCUCCUACUUGGUUUGUGUAUUGCCUAACUCUCCUUUAGGUUAUAAUUUUUCUAUUUCCUGUUUUUAAAAAAUAUGAUGUUCUCUGGGAUUUCAUCCCUAGGAACCUUACUUUGCACAUCCAUUGCUGCAAAUAUUAGCUAUACUCUUCAUCUAUAAAAUGAACCAAAAUCUCAUUUCUGAACUUCAGAUCUCUGUUUGAAAUUCUGUUUGGAUUUUCUAGUUCAUUUAUAAUAAAACUUACUUUUCUCCCCUUUUCAGUGAGUGCAUAAUAUUAACAUAUACCCAGUUCAGAAUUCUAUAAUUUAGCCUAGAUCUCACCAUUUCCCUAGAGGUCUCCUCAUUAUUUGGCAUUUCCAGCAACUCCAUGAGGUUGGUGCUUUGCAAAAUGGCCAUAGUUCUCUACCACCCCUGGUGCUCAUGCUCUUUUGCAAUAUGAAUUCACAGUUCCUUCCAUCAAGAAUUCUAUCCAUUUUCCAAUUCUUCAAACAUGUACUGGCCUUGUUUUUUGAUUUGCUCAAAAGAAUGUGGGUGGUGACAUUAUGCAAAAUAGGGGGACUAAGCUUCAGAGUUUUGUACACUUACACCUGCACUUGGGAAACUUACCCAGCUGCCUGCCAUGUGCACAAGCUUUGGAGGACGCUAGGGUCACAAAUAAUCUCCCUAGGACACGGAUACCUCAUGUUUAAUAAACUCUGACUGGCAUCAUAAAUGAAAGGCAGCAAAGACCACCAGAAAACAACUUUAGAAUUAGCACAUACAUAAUAUAAAACAAUUGUUUUCUUUAAAUAUAGAAGUCAAGUUUGAAGAUACCUACAGGAAACAAAGCACAUGAAAAAACAACCAAAGAGAAGUUAUAGAAAUGGACAAUAGAAUGACUAAAUCAAUAGGCAGGUUUAACAGAAGAGUGGAUGGCCCUGAAAAGAGAAUUAAUGACUGGAAACUGGGACAAGAGAAAUUAUCCAGAAUGGAUGUAGCAUAGAAAAGGAGCCUGAGAAAUAAGAAAGAGUGGAGGAUGAAGCAAAAGGGUCUAAUAUGUACCCAGUAGUAGUUUCUAAUAGAUAAUGGGGCAGAAGCAAUAUUUGAAGUAAUUGCUGAGAUUUUUUCAAAUCAGUAAAAAAUACCAAUCUGCACAUUUAUCCCAAACAGAAUCUUCGUGAAACAGUAGAAUGCUAAAGACAAAAACUUGUAAAAGCAGCCAAAACAAAAGCCACACCUAACCUUCAAAAGCAGUCUCAGCUAGACUUUUCUUUAGCUGGCUUCUCAACAGCCAGUUGAAUGGCUCUCUCUAUUAUGUGAGAAGGAAAUGGCUUCCAACUUCAAGUUCUGUACUUACCAAAUAUAUUUCAAGAAUGACGGUGGACUAAAGACAGUUUCAGGCAAUAAACAUGAGCAGGUUGCCACCUGCAGGUUCUUACUAAAGGAAAUUCCAAAGGAUGUGCUGGAUUUAGUGGAAAGUGAUGAAAGAGAACCAAGAUGCUUGUACAUAUCGAUUAAUCUAAAGGGACAUUUACUAUAUAGAACAAUAAUUAUGUUUCGUGGGCUUAAACAAGUGAGAGGUUUUAAAAUAAACAAGAAUUAUGUAAGUUGGUAGGGCAGUGAUUGGAGUAACUGCUCUAAGUGUGGACGGUCUGAGAAGGAAGAAACUGAUGACAUGUAAAUGUGAUUUCUAGUGUAUGACUCAACAAGUCUGAAAGGGAAAUGAUGGCAAAAGUUAUACCAACCAAAAGUCAGCUGACUUAGGUAUAUUAAUAGCUAAAGAAAAUUGUUAAGGCAGAAAUAUCAUUAGAGCCAAAGAAAGUAACUCCACGUAAUGAAAGGUUCAGUUCUCUGGGAGGGUCUCUGUAGAUUGUUGCUGUGGAAAUGAGUGAUUAAGCAGCCCCGUAUUUCAGGAAGGUAACACAGUUCCAAAUAACACAUGUGUCGGUCAAGAAAUACAAAUAACCCGUGAAUCUAUCAAGAAAUGCUAACUCAUCCUAGAAUAUAAGUGGAACUGAACACAGUGAAAUAAUAAAAUUAAUGGAUUGUAGCCAAAACAGUAGUUGGAAGAAAUGGAUAGCCCAAAAUGUGUCUAGCAGAAAGGCUGCAUAUUAAUAAGAAAAGCAUCUAUCUCAAUAGAAGAACAGCUCAAAAUAACCUUAAAGGAAAUAGAAGGAAAUAAAGAUUAGAACAGAAAGUAAUAAAAAAAUCAAAAGUUUAUUCUUGGAAAAAGUCUGCACAGUGACAAACAUCUGGCCAAGUUAACUAAGGAAAAGAGGUGUGGAAAAGGGGCAGAGCUGCUUAUGUUCUUGCGGUGGAUGUGAUACCACGAACAAUCGAGAGCCUAGAGCUGAUAGAUUUGUAACAUGUAUGAGAAAUGGACACAUUUUUAUAAAUAUAUAGCUUACCAAAAUAAAAGAAUGGUUCUAUAGCCAUUAAGUUAAUUGAAUCAAUACUCCUGGAAAGAAAAUUCCAGGCAAAACAACUUUGGUGAGUACUGCCAAAUAUUCAAGAAAUAAGUAAUUCCAAAUGUAAGCCCUUCCAGUGAAUAGAAAAAGAAGGAUACUCCCUAAUUCAUUUUACGAGACCAGCAAACACCUGAUACCAAAUGAUAAUAUGUGAAAGGAAAACUACAGGCCAAUUUCACUUAGUAACACAGAUGCAAAAUCCUAAGUUAACAGCCACCCCUCCUUACCUGUGGGAGUUGAUUCCAGAAGCCCCUGUGGAUACCCAAGUUCAUGGAUGCCCAAGUCCCUUACAUAAAAUUGCACAGUAUUUGCAUAUAAUCUAAACACAUCUCAUAUUAAGUAAUCUCUAGAUUAUAAUACCUAAUAUACAUCAUAUAAAUGUUUAUAUUGUUUAGAGAAUGACAAGAAAAAAAGUGUACCUGUUCAGUACAGACACAACCACUGUAGGCGUAACUACACAGUACACAUUGGUAACAACAUAACUUUCUUCCCCUGAUAUUUUUGCUCUGCGGCUGGUUGAAUCUGCAGAUCCGGAACACACAGAUAUGAAGGGCUAACUGUAUUCCGACCAUCUAAAGAACUCCUGUAUGUCAGUGAGUAAGAUGUAAAAUCCAAUUCAACAAGAAAUUCACAAAUAAGGAAAUCCAUUUGGUCCGUAAACACUAAAAAAAUACUUUGUCUCAUUUUCAAGAGAGAAACACAAAUACAAAUCACAAUGAGACCACAUUGCACAACAUCCAGAUUGACUAAAAUAAGGUGACAAUAACAAGUGUUGACAAAGAUAGGAAGUCAUGGAAACUGCCUAUCCUGCUAGUGGGAGUAUACAUUAGUACAACCUUUUGGAAAAUAGUCUGAUAUUGUCUGAUAUAUUUGAAGAUGUUUAUAUUCUAUAUAUACUAUUGCAUUAUGUUGUGGUAAUUGAGUACAAAUUCUGCUGCCAACUACAGAUUACUUAACAUGAUUAAUAGGUCCUGUGACUAAGCAAAACAAAGUAUAAAUGAAACCAACUUUAUCAUAGGCUAAUCAAUAAAAAUAAAAGUUUCUAUGGGACAAAACAACACUGAAUGAAACAGUUAUUCAUGGACCUGCUGAACAUGGAUUUGAAUACCAUCUUUUUGAUUCUAUGACCUCGAGCAUGUCACUUUAUAGAUUUAAAAAGAAAAUGACUUAGUCCACUCCCCCCUUCCCAAGAAGCAAUGUUUGCCCUCAAAGGAUUUUUGUGGGGAUUGAGUUAAUCCAUGUGAAGUGCUCAGAGCUGUACGUGGAACUCAAUAAACACUAUAAAGUACAUGUUAUUAUCAUUGUUAUUGCUAUUAUUGUUAUUAACAUUCACAGCCCACAGAAUUACUCCUUCAUAUGUGCACUAGAUGAUCUUGUGUACUUGUGGAGAAUUAAGGUGCAAGAAUGUUCAUAUAAGAAUUACUGUAGCAGCUCCAAACCAGGAACACAGAGCAGACAAUAAGUUAUGGUGAGUCCUGUAGCAGUAAAACUGAAUGAUCUGUGGCUUUUCAUAACUACAGUACCGAUUGAAAGAAAGAAGUCAACUACAAAUACAGUAUGAAUCCAUUUGUACGAAGUUCAAAAAUACGCAAAAUCAAACCAUAUUGAAAGGGAUGCAGAUACUAGGGGUAAAACCAUAAAGAAAACCAAGGAAACAACAGUCACAAAAAUGGGGGAUGGUUACCCUCUGGGGAGUGAAUAAGGUUGUGAUGGGGAAUGGGCACUUGGGGGUCUUCUGGGGGCUGGGUGGCAGUGUUCUAUACUUUGGGUGGCAUUUACAUGGAUGUUUGUUAUUCUUGACAACCCUCCCCUCCAUGGCAUAUUGAACCGUAUUAAAGAAGAGUAUUUAUUGAGUAUGAUGUUGGAUUUUUAAAAUUACAAUACUGAGUGUCCACUAAAGUAGGAAAAUAAUUAUUUUACUCCAAUUAAGGAUGAACCACAGCUUUCCUUUUUCAUUUAGCUUAAUCAGCUCCACUCUUUUAGCACAAUCCAAUUCUCCACAAUUUCUGUCUAUUCAUAACAUUUCGUGAACUCGUUCAAUAUGUAACAUAAGAACACACCUGUGUGAGAGGGAAAAUAAAGAGAAUGGUUACAUUGGUGUUUGCACUUGUUGCUUUAUUUUUAUAACACCAUGUAACACUUUUCUUUCUAGACCUUGGCACCAUCUUAUGCUGGUACGUUUGUUUGAAAGAAAAUUGGUUUUGCCGUGCGCAACACUGAGUGACUUGCCGUUUCCCUCUGGCUUCUUGAAUUUAUUUGAUGAAGACAUGCAUCUUGACCCCCAAGAUGAGUGAAUUUGAAACACAAAUGUACUUCUUUCUGCUAAUUUUGUGUUCUGUGUAUAUCUAAAUCUGACAGAAAUAUACAGAAAUGCUGGUCUCAGUUGGCAAUUACGGGCUUAAAUAAAUGUCUUAUUGUUAUACAAA